AUGGACGCAUCUGCACAAGCCAGAUUUGAACUUAUACGAGAAAAUCUGGAUGAGAUUCUCAAUCCAGAAAUCAUUGAAAGCAUUCUCGCGGAGGGCCGCAACCCACGCAUUUACUGGGGCACCGCAACAACCGGACGCCCUCACACCGGCUAUUUCACCCCAGCCAUCAAAAUAGCCCAACUCUUGGCCGCAGGAUGCGAGGUCGUAAUCCUCCUCGCCGAUGUGCACGCAUUCCUCGACUCCAUGAAAGCACCUCUCGAGCUAGUGGAGAACCGUGUCAAAUAUUACGAAAGAGUAAUCCGAGCAAUACUAGAGGCUGUCGGCGUCUCAACCGAGAAACUCGAGUUUGUGCUAGGAAGUUCCUACCAGCGAAAUUCGGAUUAUGUCAUGGAUGUCUACCGACUGGCGGCCUUGACUACGGAGCAUGAUGCGAGGAAGGCCGGUGCUGAGAUUGUGAAGCAAUCUAAUAAUGCGCCGUUGAGUGGUCUACUUUAUCCUAUUCUGCAGGUUUUGGAUGAGGAGUAUCUCAAAGUUGAUGCUGAGUUGGGAGGCGUUGAUCAACGGAAGCUAUUUACGGCGGCAACCGAGUGGCUACCUAAACUCGGAUAUCGAAAGCGAGCGCAUCUUGUCACUCCAAUGGUCGCAGGCCUUAACGGAGGCAAAAUGAGUUCCAGCGAUCCAGAUAGCAAAAUCGACCUUCUCGACCCGCCUGAUGUCGUGGCCAAAAAGGUCCGCAAAUCAGAGGCGAUCCCACGAACAAUCGAGAACAAUGGUGUUAUUGCACUUGUCGAAUAUGUCUUACUUCCUGCUGCCAAACUUAGUGGGAAGAAUGAAUUCCGCGUUGAGUGCCGGGAUGCCGAGCCCUUAACUUAUACGAAUAUUCAACAGCUUAAGGAUGAUUAUGUCAACGAUAUCUUGACACCACAACUCCUAAAGCCUGCCGUUGCAGAAGCCCUAACAUACCUCAUGGCCCCUAUUAGUGAAGCCUACCAAAACUCACCGGAAUGGCAAGACAUUACUCUUAAGGCUUACCCACCUCCCGUCGUACAGAAAAAGCAGAAGAAGAUCAAGGACAAGGGUUCGCGGUACCCAGGACCUGACAAGGAGAUUGAGAUUCCAGUGCAUCCAAAGGUCGAGGUAGUUGAGGCUUAA